UAGGAAGGUUCCUGCAGUUAUAAAUACAGCCUGGUCCACCUCCAGUCUGUAGCUGGGGUGAAGAAGAAGAAACUGCUAUCAGAAACAUGAAGCCGAUUAUCAUUCUCUUCCUUCUUGGAGCUGCAGCUGCAGCCCCAGUGGAGGACGAGCGGAUUAUCGGGGGGUACGAGUGUCACCCCCACUCCCAGCCCUGGCAGGUCUCUAUCAACAUCGGGUACCACUACUGCGGGGCCUCCCUCAUCAGCGACCAGUGGGUGCUCUCUGCUGCCCACUGCUGGCAGAACCCCUACUCUCAGUUCGCUGUUCUGGGUGACCAUCACAUCUGGAAGCACGAGGGCACGGAGCAGUUUGUGACGGUGGACGAGAUCUACUGGCAUCCUCGGUAUGACUACCAGACCCUGGACCACGACAUCAUGCUGAUGAAACUGUCCCACCCCGUGACUGUCAAUGAAUAUGUGCGCCCCGUCCCCCUGCCCAAGGGCUGCCCUGCUGCAGGGGACAUGUGCAUCGUCUCGGGCUGGGGCAACAUUAUCACUGACGGGGUGUUUAACCCGUUUAACCUGCAGUGUGUGGAUGUCCCAAUCCUGAGCGAUGCAGACUGUGAGAACUCGUACCCAGGGCAGAUCUCCAGCACCAUGGUGUGUGCGGGGUACCUGGAGGGGGGCAAGGACGCCUGUCAGGGUGACUCUGGGGGUCCGCUGGUAUGUAAUGGGGCGAUCCAGGGCAUCGUGUCCUGGGGGUACGGCUGUGCGGAGGUCAAUCACCCCGGGGUCUACACCAAGGUCUGCGCCCUGGUGCCCUGGAUCCAAGCCAUCAUGUAUGCACAUUAGGAGAGAGGAGGAGAAGGAGAGACCCACCUACCCAACACCACCCACCGAUCCUACCACAACUACCCCCUCCCCACACACACCUCCCGUCAGUACAAUGGAAAAAUGAUGUACUAACAAUAUGUACUAAUAAAAUCCAUUGGAUGGUUAUCGAAA